AUCUGGAACCAAGCUUCUCUCACAAACUUGGCACUUUGAUACCAUAACCAUUCAACACAAAAAAUGAAAAAAAAAUUUACAAGUGAAGGGCUUUCAACAGCACAAGAAUGAGGAAGGCAGGGUCUCUGCAAUCAAUCUCGAAAGUUGGUGCACAGUUCCCAACAGUACUGGUAUUAAACUAUCACUUCCGCCCCAACAGAUCUGCAAACAGCUCACCGCUAUUUUAGAACUCUGUUCAAACAGCCGCAAGCAAAAGAGGAACACAUAUUUCCUUUACAUUCAAUUACUGGUUCAGUUUGACCUUUACAUUCUGCCGGCUACUUAAGUACAGACCUUGCCUGUGAAAAGAACCACAUGCAGUGAAACACCAACUCCCAACUGAGAAUGGAGAAGGUGAAAUAAUUACCUGGAAGACCACUUUGCUGUUUAUGAAAGUCUCCAAACAGGAUUUUAAAAAUGCAGUCGCAGAACAUCAGCCUGGUCGCACAACAGCCUCUUGAAUUUAGAAUUGGUGCAAUUACCUUUUAUACUAUUGUUUUCAUAAUUGGGCUUUUUGUAAAUGCAACUGCAAUCUGGGUCUUCAGCUGCACCACUAAAAAAGGCACAUCGGUGAACAUAUAUAUGACGAAUGUUGCUCUAUUGGACCUCAUUUUCAUAAUACUGCUGCCUUUCCGCCUGAUUUAUUAUGGGAAGAAUUACUGGCCCUUUGGUGAUAUCUUCUGUCGCAUCAAUGCUGCCCUCACCAUAUUUUACCCCAGCAUUGCCCUGUGGCUUUUGGCUUUCAUGAGCGUUGACCGUUACAUGGCAGUGGUGCAACCCAAACACAGCAAGGAACUUCGUAACAUCGGCAAAGCUGCUGCAAGCUGUGUUGGAAUCUGGGUAAUGACAAUCGUGUCUGUUCUCCCAUUCAUGUUUUCCAAGAAUGAUCCUGACAGGGCCUAUAAUUUUAUGACCUGUUUGAAAAUGCUCGACAUCAUUCAUCUGAAAGAAGCCAACAGUCUGAAUUUUGUUCGAGUGAUUUUCUUUUUUCUUCUGCCCCUCUUUAUUAUGAUAGGAUGCUACUGCACUAUCAUCAACAGUCUUAUAAAAGGAAAAACAUCCAAACUGAAGCCAAAAACGAAGGAAAAAUCAAUUAAAAUAAUCGUAACACUUAUCGUUCAGGUGCUUGUUUGUUUCGUUCCAUAUCACAUCUGUUUCAUUUUCUUACUACUGCAAACUGGCCAUAGUAAUUUCAAUGCCUGGGCUGCCUUUACAACGUUCUUGAUGAACCUCAGCACAUGUCUUGACAUGAUCUUGUACUACAUCGUGUCAAAGCACUUUCAGGCCAGAGUCAUCAGCGUCAUCUACUAUCGGAACUACCUGAGGAGCGUACGAAGGAAGAGCUUCAAAACUGGAAGCUUCCGUUCUCUGAGCAAUGUCAACAUUAGCAAUAUGUAAAUUAUGAAACAAGGGCCGACAUAAAUGCCUGGGUUUCAUCAUGCUUUAGUAUCUCCAGGUACUUUACACACUUAAGUACUUUUGAAGCCUUUCAUUUUGUGUGUAAAUGCAGUAACUGAAAUGGCAUUGCACAAGACUGGCCAUUUUAUCUGUUUAUAAUGUUGUUAAUGGACAGAAGAACAUUGGUCAGAACACCUGGUGAAUGUAAUUCUAUAUCUUUGUGAAACUGCUCUCAAGUAGAUUCUCAAUAAAUGCUUAUUCUUGAAUAUUUAGUAAUGAAAUCACACCUCUUUGUAAUGU